AUGCCAAUGUUAGACCAAUCUCGUUAUUCUCCGACCAAGAACCUGAUAUUUCAUCUUGGAUCCAACACCAUGACCAGUCGAUUGAUUCUCUUCAUUCUAAUUGCUUCUAUUUUUUUGAAUUUAAUUUUGUUAAUGAUGUGGAGCACACAUACAAGAAGUUCAUCAUCCGAAACAACAACCACAACAACAACUUCUGGUACUAGUACUUCUGUGGCAAAAGUAGCAUCAGACAUACGAGAGGAUAUUCUCCACGAAGAGGAUUUAAAGAAGAAACCCCACGAAGAGGAUUUAAAGAAGAAACAACAAGUGGACUCUCCUCAAGUCAUUAAACAAGGUGUGAUUAUUGAAAAGGUCAUUGAGAAACCAUGUCCAUAUGCAAGUGAUUGGAAAGGAUUUGCACAACAUCAAUUUAAAUCAAAAGAUAAGAGUGAAAUGUGGAACAUUUUGAAAUUUAUGGUUUCACAAGAAGAAAUGAAUCAUCAUUUGAGAAAUGGAGUGAAUAGAGAUCCAAUUAAUUUCGGAGUUCCUCACAUUGUCACUGCCACCUCAAGAGAUUAUUUUGAUCGAUUAGAAAAUUUUGUUGGUUCCAUUCACAGACUCUAUAGUAACAACAAGGUCAACACUCAACAAAUUAAUCCACAAGUUGCCUCUCCUCCCACUCAUCCCAAUGAUAAAACUAUUACAAAAAUUGGUCAAACAUUCAAAUCUCAAAUGCGAUCGAAUUAUUGGUUGGUAUGGAACAGUGUGACCACUUCAGAAAAUAGACCCAUUCUUGUCUAUGAUUUGGGUCUCACACAAGAACAACGUGACCAAGUUAAAACAUGGAAAAAUGUAGAAUUGGUACCCAUCCAUUUCGAUUUAUUGCCAGAUCAUUUUAGAAAUUUAAUUACUUUUGCUUGGAAACCUCUUGCCAUGUAUCUCGCUCUUCAAAGAUUUCCAUCGAUUAUUUUCCUUGAUUCAGGAGUAGAAUUAUGGAAUCGACUCGAUCGAGUGGAAGAUAUUCUUCUGAAAAAAGGACAUUUUCAUGUUGUACAAGAAGGUUUGCAUACUUCUUGGAAAUGUUGUGGUACUGUUGGUGAAUUAACACACGACGGAAGUUUCAAUUAUUUGAAUUUGAAACGUGCAGACUAUCAUUCGAAAGAAAUGUGUAGCGGUGGAAUUCAAGGUUAUAUUCGAGGAGCGUAUUCCUAUCGAAAUGUAUUAAUUCCUACUUUGGAAUGUGCAUGGGACGAGAAGUGUAUUACACCACCUGGUUCAAGUCUUGCCAAUCAUCGACAAGAUCAAUCCAUCUUUUCACUUCAUAUUCACAAAGCAGGAAUUACAUGUGAAAAAGAUGUGAGAUUAUGGGGAAAUCCAGGUAAUCGUGAUGGUGUUCCAGAUCAUGAAAUUGUGAUUUAUUUGAGAAAAGGAGAUCGAACUAAACCUUACAUUUCUCACGUUGAAAAGAAGAAGAAAUUUGCAACGGUCAUUCCAUUCAUUGAAAGACAAUUGGUAUCAGUAUUACAAAAUAUUGAAAUUUGGAACACUCCAUAUUAUGAACCAUGUAAUGACAUGUUUCAAGAUGAAGAAUAUGAUUCAGAUUUAAUUUUCUAUUCGAACAAGAAACGUAAUGACAAGUUGGAAGAAAAAAUUCUCGAGAAAAUUAAUGCUGGAUCGACAGGAUCAACGAAACAUCCCAUUUUGAAAUGUUUUAGAAAUGUUGUGUUCAAGUAUGCUGAUUUGACGGCUGAUAGAGACAAGUAUCCUAAUGGACCUACCAAUCAAUUCUAUGAUUUGAUACAUGAUCCAACAUUUUACUCUGAAUAUGAUCACUUUUUCUAUAUGGAACCUGAUUGUCGAGCCAUUAGACCCAAUUGGCUAGAUGCAGUGAAAUCCAUUACCAAAGAAUAUUCAAUUUCAAAACCUGAUUUUUGGUAUAUUGGUUCAAAUUAUAGAGGUGAUUAUGAUUUAGGAGAUCAGCUUCAAACAAGAUAUCACAUCAAUGGAAAUGCUAUUUAUUCUACUGAUGUUGCAUUUAGAUCCUUCCUGAAGCAUGUGGAUAGUAUUUUUCAUUUUUCUUAUGAUACUGAUCCAUUUGUCUUUUUGUUUAACCCAAAACACUAUGACUUCACAAAACACAUUUGGAAUCGCAUUAUUUUCCAUGAUUUUGUUCAAAAUUGGUGGCAUGCAGAUUGGAACGAAAAGUCGUUGCGAGAUUUGUAUCCCAGAACUUAUUUCGUUCAUGGUGGCAAAAAGGACUGA